GUGUGUGUGUGUGUGUGUGUGUGUGUGAGAUGUGUUUUCCUCUGCUUCCACUGGAGUGAAAGUUCCAGCGUCUGUCGUUCGUCAUGACAGUGUUGCACCGAUGAAGGGGUUUUACAAAGGGAAUUAAAGAAACACUGCACUUUAGAUUCGGUGUAAAUAUGGCUCAUCGUUCGCAGUGCUCCUCUGCCGGGGACAAUCCCCUGGACCCCAACUACCUGCCCCCUCAUUACCGUGAGGAAUACCGAUUGGCGAUUGAUGCCCUGGUUGUAGCUGACUUGGAGGGCUACUAUGGGUUUCUUCAGGAAGCAGAUGUGGUUGAUUUCCUAUCCCGUACAGAGAUUGAUUAUAUUAAAAGCAUGGUGCAGGCUCCGCAGCACAUCGCUCAACUAGAGAGGAGAUACAUGGCUGAAGAUGUAGAUGGCUCUUCUGACACUUACUGGCCUUUACAUUCAGACCACGAUGCGCCGAGUCUAGAGCUAGGUUGGCCACAGCAUUACAGAUUUGUUGGACCCACUGAGGUCACUACAUUGGUGAACCCAUCUGAUCCUGAGAUGCCCAGUAUCAAGGAGCAAAUCCGCAGAAUGAUCAAGAAUGCACAACAAGUUAUUGCUGUGGUUAUGGAUAUGUUUACAGAUGUUGACAUCUUUGCUGAUAUCCUUGGUGCAGCGUCACGUGGCGUGGCUGUUUAUGUUCUUCUUGAUGAACUGAAUGCUCAUCAUUUUGUCGCAAUGGUGAACAACUGUAGGGUAAAUCUUGAUGAAAUAAAAUUCAUGCGGGUGAGAACUGUGUCUGGUAGUACCUAUUACUGCAGAACAGGAAAGACCUUCAAAGGUCAGAUGAUGGAGCGUUUUAUUCUAGUAGACUGCAGAGCUGUUUUAAGUGGCAACUAUAGCUUCAUGUGGUCUUUUGAGAAGAUACAUCGUUGUCUUGCUCAUCUAUUUCUGGGACAGCUUGUAACAACCUUUGAUGAAGAGUUUCGGAUUCUUUUUGCCCAUUCAGAGCCACUGGUUGUUGAAAAUGUUUUGGCAAAUAUGCCACACUAUGGUGGUGAACCGGAAAGCUACUACAACACUGAAAAGACCCACAUGUUUAACAGACAACAUCCGACUAUGGGGAUGGAAUGGGCUGGACGUACUACAGAAGAUCAUAUGAAAUUGGGUUACAAAAUGUUACCUAUUAGAAGUGAAUCCAUCCACAGUGCAACAGAAGCAAAUCCCUCUGUUCAGAGGCACAUGAACCUGCAUGCUUCCCAGCAAUAUAGAGGGGACAAUCAAUUUAUAGAGCAUGGAAGGCACCAAAUGAGAGCAACAAAUGAAACGAUUGGCUUUAAAAGACAAAGUUAUGGAAAUAUACCUGAUUACGAAUACAUGCCCGCUCAAAACCAUUCAACUAUGAGAGGAAACCAGUACAUGGAGGGAGCAAUGCCACAGGGUGGCCACUUUGCAAGAGAACCGCAUAUUUAUCAGGGAGCUGGAUUACAAUCUGGUUAUGACAUGUAUGGAAGGUUUAAAGGCCAAGGGCAACACAUUGAUCAGUUUUCAGGGCCUGUCUACCCUCAUGAGGGGGAUGAGGCUGAAGCACCUGGAGCUUAUGACCAUAUUCAAAGAUACCUGCAGUCUCAACCUGCUAUGGAGGAAGGACAUGGUCCAAGAAAUCCACUACCGCCUGUGCAGUCCAAUCUCAAGAGACAUAGCAUGGGACAUUCUUAUACAUGUCAGACCUCCCCAACACAACCAAACCCGCCAGAACAGAAACGUUUCUUCAAUGCAAACCGCAAACCACAGGAUGUGAGUCAAAAGCAAGGCCUGCGGGACUGGAGGAUCAGCUCAUACCUUAGUGCAUAUGAUGAUGCAGGAGAGCUGGACUUAUCUGAACUUGAAGUAUCCACUGCAUGUGAUGACAUUCCAUGUUUUACGCAGGAAGCUCCUUGUGGCCCCGUAUGUGCUGAAAUUAGACCAGGAAAUAGAGAGUUGAACAGGAUACAUCCUCAGAGGGAAAAUCCCACAUUUGUCCAAACUCAAAAUGAUUCUUUUGUGUCUGACAGUUUAGUUAAUCCUCCAUGUGAUUUAUCACAAAUAAAUAUCAAAACAACAACAGCAUCAACUUCAGAGUCUUCUUGCACCACUGAGGGUGACAAAGCAGAGGAGCCGCAGAAUAGAGAACCUAAAGAGACUAACCGGAUAAGUGAAGAGUUCCUCAAAAGGAAACCUAGUCGACCUGUCCAGAGGAGUUCCAGAUUGAGACACUCGCUGAUAUUCAAUUCAAAUCUGGAGUUGCAUACAUCAGAAGAGAUGAAAGAUACUGCUGGAGAAAAAGAUGGGGAUGAAUCUUCAAAGCUUUCAGCUCGUGUGUCACAAAUCUUCGAUAAAAGGAGGACUGGUUCUCCAUUUCAACCGUUUCAGUGGAGAAGUUUGGCAAAGUCAGCCACAUUUGAUAACUCCACCUCAGAGUCUGCACAACCUGAGGAUGAACUGAACAAAACUGGUGAAAAUUCAGAUGUAGAUAAGGUUGAAAACUGCCAAAAUCUUCGAAGGAAUUCAUUAAAGGGUGAUCUGCAAGAAAAAGAUCAGCCUCAAACAGCUCCUGAAAAAAAUAGCCAAAAGGAUGAAUGUCCAUCUAAUUUAUUGCAAAAGCCAACCUCUUUCAUAGAUAUGAAUGACCCUGACUGUAGACUGAGGUAUUUCAAAGAGUUAGCAGCCAAACGAAAACUUGCAGCAGCAAAAGGUUCUCAGAGCAAUCCAAUGAAAGCCACCCAAAAGUUUGCUCUACCAGAGAAACCUUUGGCUAAUGAUACAGAUGAAAAAACAGGGCCUGUGUUCAAGACCUCAGAAUCUUCACUGAAGUCAAAAAAUACCCCUUCCACAGUAACAGAAAUCAAAGAAACAUAUAAAGAUACCACAUGUGAGGAAUCAAGUGAAGACAUCCCUCAUAGAGCCACCGAUGCUGAAAAAAUAAGAUUUAAGAAAAAACUUGCAGAAGAGUCUGGCUCAGCUUUAAAACAUUUUAAAGGAGAGAUUGCUCAAGCUCAAAAACCUGUUGAAGAGGCAAGAACAAUAUCUACAACUAAAAACCAGACACCUCCCAUUCUGAAAUUAUUUUCACAAAAGUCUCUCUGUGCCUUACAAAAUCAAGCAGAUUCUGAUGUUUUAGAUACAACCUUAACCAAAUCUAGCCUCAAACAAUAUCAUAUUCCUAAAGAAACUGAUUCAUCCCAUGCCAUUGUAACUCAGGGUUGUCCUCCUGUUAAGUUACCACAGGCAAAGUGUGUGUCACCACUAUGUACUACUCCAAAUGAGGGAAAUCUAUCUGCAAAAGACUCCCAAAUUCUUCCACAGAGCUUAAUCAAUAUUUCUAGCACUUGUUCUGAUACUGAGCCUCUUUGUUCUAAUUCAACAGCAAACUUGGAAAUUGUAGAUACUUGUGUACCUUCAAAAAGUGACCGCAAAAAUAAAGUUCCCUCUCCUACAUUUCCUACAGCUGGAAUUAGUUCUAUCAAACACCCCGCUGCAAAAAAUCUUGACUUAUCUCAGCACCUCAAUGAAACUGGGGAAGAUAUUUCUAGACACUUCACUGCAGGGGCUGAACUGUCUACAGCAGAAAAUGUGCAUUUCCAACACUACUCUGCAAAAGAGACAAACUCUUCUCGACAGCAUAAUUUAAUGGAAGCUAACUCUUCCAUACCACCCACUACCACAGAAAGCGAACAAAAUUCUACUACAACAGAGUCAGACCAUUCUCAAUACACUAAUGCCUCUAAAACAGACUGUUUUCAACAGCCUACUGCAGUGAGAAAAGAUUUUUCCCUGCACCCCACUGCUAGAGAAUGUGGAACUUCACCAAACUUCCCUAUUACAACAGAAGCGGAUUCUUUCCAACAGCCAACUGCAGCAGAAGUCAUCAUCAGUGAAUCAUCAUAUCUCUCCACUACAAUAAACUCUUCUCAACCACCAACUGAGCCAGGAGAAGGCUCUUCUCAGCCCGGUACUAAAACUGGGACAGACUUUUGCCAACAAUCUAGUGGAGCAGAAAGCGAAGACUCUGAAAAACCCACUUCAGUUCAGACAGACCCUACUACAGCAAGAAAUAAUUCAUCCCAACAGUACACUGCAGUAUCCUCAGACUUUUCAAAACAUCCCCCUGUAGUUGGGGCAGACACUUCAGAACACCUCACUGCAGCAGAGGUAGACUCUUCUCAGCUGUCGGCUGCAUUUGUAAAAGACUCUAUGCAAUACCAUGUGGAAAACAAAAGUAAACAUUCCCUAAAACCCUCUACAUUGGGUACACAAACCUUCAUUCAGCCAAAUGUUUCUGCUGCAGCCUCUUCACAACAUUCUAGUGCAACAACCACCGAUUUUUCUCAGCAACCAGUUGUAAAAGAUAUAGAAUCUUUCCAGGAGCCUGCUGCAACAGAGACAGGGAAACCAGAAGCAGACACAGACUCCACCCAAAAGUCAACUUCAACAGCCACAAACUCUUCAGACACAGACACUUCCCAGCAGCCCACUGCAACAGAUUCUUCCCAGCAGCCCACUGCAACAGUCACAGACUCUUCAGACACAGACCCUUCCCAGUGCCCCACUGCUGCAGUCACAGACUCUUCAGACACAGACUCUUCCCAGCAGCCCAUUGUAACAAUCACAGAUUCUUCAGACACAGACUCUUCCCAGCAGUACAUUGCAACAGUCACAGACUCUUUAGACACAGACUCUUCCCAGGUACAGCUUUCCAGCUUCCCCUCUACAGCAGAGAUAGUCUCUUCCAGAGAGCCAAAUGCAACAGACACAGACUCUGCCCAGCAGUCUGGUGCAACAAAGACAGACGCUUCCCAAAAACGCACUGUAACAGUCACAGACUCUUCAGACACAGACUCUUCCCAGCAGCCCACUGUAACAGACUCUUCCCAGCAGCCUACUCCAGUAGUCACAGACACUUCUCAGCAACCCACUGCAACAGUCAAAGACUCUUCAGAAACAGACUCUUCCCAGCAGCCGUCUACAGCAGAGAUAGUCUCUUCCAGAGAGCCAAGUUCAGCAGACACAGAUUCUUUCCAGCAGUUUGCUGCAACAGAAACAAACGCUUACCAAGAGCCCACUGUAAAAGAAACAGAUUCUUCUGGGCAGCCCACUGUAACAGUCACAUACUCUUCAGACACUUUCCAAAAGCCCACUGCAACAGUCACAGACUCUUCAGACAAAAAAUCUUCCCAGCAGCCCACUUCAACAGACUCUUCCCAGCAGCCUACUCCAGUAGACACAGACUCUUCCCAGCAGUACACUGCAACAGUCACAGACUCUUUAGACACAGACUCUUCCCAGGUACAGCUUUCCAGCUUCCCCUCUACAGCAGAGAUAGUCUCUUCCAGAGAGCCAAAUGCAACAGUCACAGACUCUGCCCAGCAGUCUGGUGCAACAGAGACAGACGCUUCCCAAAAACGCACUGUAACAGUCACAGACUCUUCAGACACAGACUCUUCCCAGCAGCCCACUGUAACAGACUCUUCCCAGCAGCCUACUCCAGUAGUCACAGACACUUCUCAGCAACCCACUGCAACAGUCAAAGACUCUUCAGAAACAGACUCUUCCCAGCAGCCAUCUACAGCAGAGAUAGUCUCUUCCAGACAGUCAAAUGCAGCAGACACAGAUUCUUUCCAGCAGUUUGCUGCAACAGAGACAGAUGCUUCCCAAGAGCCAACUGUAAAAGAAACAGACUCUUCCGAGCUGCCCACUGCAACAGUCAAAGACUCUUCAGACACAGACUCUUCCCAGCAGCCCUCUACAGUAGAGAUAUUUUCUUCCAGAGAGCCAAGUGCAGCAGACACAGACUCUUCCCUGCAGCCUGCUGCAACAGAGACAGACACUUCCCAAGAUCCCACUGUAAAAGACACAGACUCUUUCAAGCAGCCCACUCCAACAGAGGUAGACUCUUCCCAACAGCCCACUGGAGCCAUCAUAGACACUUCCCAAAAGUCCACUUCAGCAGACACAAACUCUUUCAAGCAGCCCACUGCAACAGAGAGAGAUGCCUCCAAGCAGAUUGCUGUAAAAGAGACAGACUCUUCCCAGACACACACUGUAACAGCCACAGAUUCUUUCCGGCAGUCCAUUCCAACAGAGACUGAUGUGUUCCAGCAGCUCACUAUAACAGAAAGUGAAUUUUCCCAAAGUCCCACCAAAAUUGAGACAGACACUUACAAACAUCCAAUUAAAACAGAAAGUGAAUCCCAUCAAGACAUCACAGCAACAAAGUCUGCCUGUGUGAAUGAGAAAAAAGAUGAUAUCAAACUAAUAACCAUACCAGAGAGCAUUACUCAAAAAGACAAUGGUAUAUCUCAAAAUGCAGUCAUCACAGACUUACGUUCCCUAGCUGAACAUUCCCAAUCUGAAACUGCAACACUUUGUCAUAGCCAAGUAGAACUAAACCAAACACAAGCAUGGGCCAAACCAUGUAUAACUCAUAAUGUAAAAGACACAGAUGAUGGUGAUUUACCUAGUCUUGAUUCAGUGGAGGUGAGCUCAACUCAGCCUCAGCUUUCACCAGAAUCUUGCCGGUCCUUGGAUGUAAUCAGCUCAACUCAGGGAAUAACACAAUCACCAAAUCCUAUGGAAUUUAGUUGUCCAAAGGACUCAAAUCCUGAGAAAGCAGAUGGGUGCAUGACAUCUGACACAAUUACAGAGCAAACUCAGAGUCAUGACACUCCAACUAUGGAUGCAGGGCCUCAGAUAGAAGUUUCUACAGCUGUAGAGUCUAACGGGAUUGAUAAAAUUAAACAAAAACACCAGAGGUAAGAGACUGUGACUAACGCUGCAGAGGUGUCAGAAAAAUCACAUUUGACUGUUCACGUUAAUUCAGAAAAUCAGUCUUCUCUUGCAGAGAAUGCAAAAUCGAUUGUGUCUGCCCAUCAGACAUCUACUGCAAAUGUUAUCUCUUGCAGCAAUCUUAGAGAUGACACUAAAGUUCUUUUAGAGCAAAUUUCAGCAAAGAAUCAAAGCAGAUCUUCCUUGUCCAAGCAGACUCCUGCUGCACCCAGUGAAGUCAAAAAGGUUGAGGUUAGCUCUGCAGAUAAAUUGUCCUCAAAUUAUUCAGGAAGGCCUUGGUCCUCUAAGACUACACCAGAAGAGCGGGAGAAUUUACUAAAAAAGAUGGAGCAAAUGCGUAAAGAGAGGAAGGUCUACAGCCGUUUUGAAGCCUCAUAAAUUAAACCAUUGGAAGAGGUGCUUCAUUGAUGAACAAUAAGAGGGAAGAGAUUUUGCCAGAUUUUUCCUCUUUUUUCUCUCUUACCUCAUAACUGUGAACCUGCACAAACUUGGAUUGAAGUGUCUUACAACUUUUGACUAUACCAAAGAGUGCUGCCUAUAGUCAGACAGUGGAAAUCCCUGCAGGGCGUAACAAGCUAUGCAGAUGAUCUGCAUGCCAAAAACAGGAAAUUUACCAGGUGGAAUAAGCUUUUGAUUGGGCAGGUAGUUCUUAGUGUGUAUAUAGCCUAUAUAGUAUAACUGUGAAACACAUUUCCAAAUUUUGCAGUUAUUGGGAGUUCUAUAUCUAGAAAUUAUGAUCUGUUAUAAAUACUGUAAAUAGAGAGUUGUUUACCUAACAAAAACAAGGAGUUAAUUAAAAAGAGACUUGAGCAUGUGAGCGAUGAGAAGUGGGGGAGGAGUUGCUUGAUAUUGCCAGGAGCAAGGAGCAGGUUUUCUGAAAGUCUCCAACAUCAUUCUUAUACUGCCUCAACAUGUUAACAGAGUCAGACUAUUGUUCAUGCUUCAAUAUGUCAUAAAACUUUUCUGCAAGUAUUUUUUUUUCAUUUAAUAUAGGUAUUUUGUGCCCAGAUGUUUUUCACUGAAAGAACUUCAUAGUGGAUCAGUAGCUGAGCACACAUUUUUCUAUGUAGUAAACUUGAAGCAGCAGGAAACAGAAAACAUGGAACAAAUUGGAGCUGGCGCAAAAUGUUCACAGGAUGCUUUGAAGAGGGAAAGGGGAAAUUGUUCAGUCAUGUGGCCCGGCAAGAGAAUAGAAAAGGACAUUCCAAUAGAUGACUAAUUUAAUUGUUUACUUGUCCAUCGGUUGAUUGUGUAAACAAAAGAUACGUUACUGUAAAAUACAUUCUGUUGGCCUGAUACACAAUGUUGAUGCACAAUGGAAACUCCUAAAAUACAUGUUCAUUACAUAACAUAUUAAUGAAUAUAACAUGUAGCACCUUUUACUCAAAGGAGUUUCUCAAUAUACCAAAUCGAUACAAAAAUGUGCAAUAUUAUGAAUUCAGAAUGAGAUACUGAUUUAUUUAAAUUGUGAAAUUUGUUUGUCAACUAUUGUCAGGUUCCCAUAUGUUACAUGUGUAGAGAACCAAUAAUGUCUGUUACAUGUUCCCACCUGUUCCAAAAGUUGUAUGUUUGAAUCAUGUUUAUAAAGCAAAAUGAGUAAUACUACACUGAUAUGAAAAUAAAACUACAACAUAAGACAUGUUCUUUAAAUAUUAA